CGGGCUCUCUCCAGACGACCGGAAGUGGCCGUUGAAGCCGCUGUAGCCCGGGACGUGGGCGCUGGGCAAAUCCAGCCGUUCUAGGUUCGGGGAUCCUCCCGGCGCUUCCGAAUCAGCGAUCGGAGCUUGUGGGAUCGCUUCGGAGAAAAGCGCAGGUAUCACCAUGGCAACCGCCAGCUCCCCGGACGCGUGACGUCGCCCUGCUCGCCCCGCUCGGAAAGGCCGCUGCGGAGGGAGCCGGGGGUCCUGGCAGGGGGCGCCCCACGCCGCCUUCAGCUUCAGCGCGGCGGCUCCGCCCGGACCCCGCGGCGGCUUUGUUCUUUGUUCCGCUCCGGGAGGAAGCGCGGAGCUGGGCCCGCCCCGCUGGGCCGCGGUCCAGCUUUCUGCCCCGCAACAGGUGUGCGCCCCGAAUCCCGGCCCGCGGGCUCCGGAGGGAAGGGGACGUCUGUGGGCGCCUCUGGCCCCAGUCCGGGGCGGCUCCGAGGGUUUUCUUGUCCUGGGCUGGACCUGGAACCGAGCCCCCUGCUUUGCUCAGCGGGACUGCCCCUGCCGGCUCUUCUCUGUCCAGGGACCUCCCGGCCUCCCCGCAGACCUCGAGGUUUGACUGCGACGCAGGCCGCUGACCCCCGUGUCUCCCAGGCCAGCACCCUGGGCGCUGACGGUCCAGAGCUCGCUCUGGGUAUCCGAGCCGCAGACGGAGGACGCACUGGAGGGCGCUUCUUGGGAAACCUUGGGUACUGGCUUCCAGAGGAACGGGAUGACCUCCUGAGAUGGAAGAUCUGCCCUCUCCAAUAUCUGCCCUUCUCCAAGGGGGACAUGAUAUACUCCCAUCAGCCAGUUUUCAGGAAUCAGUGACUUUCAAGGAUGUGGUGGUGGACUUUACCCAGGAAGAAUGGAAACAGCUGGAUCCUGUACAGAGAGAUUUAUUCAGGGAUGUGACAUUGGAAAAUUAUACACAUCUGGUCUCUAUAGGACUCCAAGUUUCCAAACCUGAUGUGAUUUCCCAGUUAGAGCAAGGGACAGAGCCGUGGAGUGUGGAGCCAGGCAUUCCAGUGGGUGGCUGUGGAGACUGGGAAACAAGACCAGAAAAAAACUUAUCAGUCCCAGAGCCAUCUCCAGAGGCAAUAGUAGAAAAACACAAAAGUGAUCAGUCUUGGAGUUCUAAUUCCUCAGAAGCAUUGUCAUCUAAAGAAAAUCUAGAGAGGAAGCAGGCAAAUGAACAGACAUUGCCAAAGGAAAUAAAAAUAACUGAGAAUACAAUACCACAUUUGGAGAGAGACCAUGUAAAUCAUGACUUUGAAAAAAACAUCAAUAUUAGUUCAAAUGUAGUACGACAACAGGACAUAUCUCCAAAAGAGACUGCUACUAAAACAAGCACCAAACAGAAUUUAAAACCAGUUAAAAAAGAGAAAUCUUGUAAGUGCAAUGAGUGUGGGAAAGCUUUUAGUUAUUGUUCGGCGCUUAUUCGCCAUCAGAGAACACAUACUGGAGAAAAACCUUACAAAUGCAAUGAAUGCGAGAAAGCCUUUAGCAGAAGCGAAAACCUUAUAAACCAUCAAAGAAUUCAUACUGGGGAUAAACCAUAUAAAUGUGAUCAAUGUGGAAAAGGCUUUAUUGAGGGUCCAUCUCUUACUCAACAUCAAAGAAUUCAUACGGGAGAAAAACCCUAUAAAUGUGAGGAAUGUGGGAAAGCCUUUAGUCAGAGGACCCAUCUUGUUCAGCAUCAUAGAAUUCAUACUGGUGAGAAGCCGUAUACUUGUAAUGAAUGUGGAAAAGCCUUUAGCCAGAGAGGCCACUUUAUGGAACAUCAGAAAAUUCAUACAGGAGAAAAACCAUUUAAAUGUCCUGAGUGUGAUAAGACCUUCACAAGGAGCACUCACCUUACUCAACAUCAAAAAAUCCAUACUGGAGAGAAAACCUAUAAGUGUAAUGAAUGUGGGAAGGCCUUCAAUGGGCCCUCAACAUUUAUCCGUCAUCAUAUGAUUCACACUGGUGAAAAACCAUAUGAAUGCAAUGAAUGUGGAAAAGCCUUCAGUCAGCACUCGAACCUCACUCAACAUCAGAAAACGCACACUGGGGAGAAACCUUAUGAUUGUGCUGAAUGUGGAAAGUCCUUUAGUUACUGGUCAUCCCUGGCUCAACAUCUGAAAAUUCAUACCGGAGAAAAACCUUACAAAUGCAAUGAAUGUGGGAAGGCCUUCAGUUACUGCUCAUCCCUUACACAGCACCGCCGAAUCCACACCAGAGAAAAACCCUUUGAAUGCAAUGAAUGUGGGAAGGCUUUUAGUUACCUUUCAAACCUUAAUCAGCAUCAGAAGACUCAUACCCAAGAGAAAGCUUAUGAAUGUAAGGAAUGUGGAAAAGCCUUUAUUCGGAGUUCAUCUCUUGCUAAGCACGAAAGAAUUCAUACUGGUGAGAAACCCUAUCAGUGUCAUGAAUGUGGGAAAACCUUUAGUUAUGGCUCAUCCCUUAUUCAGCAUAGGAAAAUACAUACUGGAGAAAGACCCUACAAGUGCAAUGAAUGUGGGAGAGCCUUCAACCAGAACAUACACCUUACACAACAUAAGAGAAUUCACACGGGAGCAAAACCUUAUGAGUGUGGUGAGUGUGGCAAAGCCUUUCGACAUUGUUCAUCUCUUGCUCAGCAUCAAAAAACUCACACAGAAGAAAAGCCCUACCAGUGUAAUAAAUGUGAAAAGGCAUUUAGCCAGAGCUCCCAUCUGACUCAGCAUGAAAGAAUCCACACUGGAGAGAAGCCAUUUAAGUGUAACGAAUGUGACAAAGCCUUCAGCCGGAGCACUCAUCUGACUGAGCAUCAGAACACUCACACUGGGGAGAAGCCAUACAACUGUAACGAGUGCAGGAAGACUUUCAGCCAGAGCACUUACCUCAUUCAGCAUCAGAGAGUUCAUUCAGGAGAAAAACCUUUUGGAUGUAAUGAUUGUGGAAAAGCCUUCAGGUAUCGUUCUGCUCUCAACAAACAUCAGAGGCUACACCCUGGCAUAUGACUGUACUGUGAAGAACCAGAAUGGAUUGAGAAACUGCUUAACUCAUUUUAACUGUUUACUCUCACACUGUGGAAUGGAAAGUGCAUUGGGCUGAAGUAAUCAAUUAUGUUAAGCUACUUUGUAACGUUAGAAAAUUCAACUGCUUCAGGCCUCUUUUUCUUCUGUGAAAUGAGGGAUUUGGAGACGAUUUCAAACGUUGUUUGGAGGCUUAUAUUCAGUCUACUCAUAAUAUAUUCUUGAAUAGGAUUACUAUACAACACAUUUUGCUGUGUUGCAUCUAGACUAUGUUUGUGCAUGUUUUGCUAAGAGAAAGUAUUUACACUUCAGCAACGAGGGAUCUAUUGUGCUCCUGUUCUAAUGCAUUUAAACUGUUUGAGUAACUGGUUUCUAUUUAAUAAAAAGGAUUAUAAAAUACCCUCAUGUUAAUAAUUCAGUAGCAUGUAAUGUCUUAGCACAAGUAUUGAACUUUCCUAUUAUUUUCUAUUAUGUUUUAACAUUCUAAUUUAUUACAACUCUAGAGAUUCUCUUCUACAGCUCAAACUAGUGUUACCUGACCCUAGUGGCAUAGUGGAAUUGUUUUAGGAACUAUACACUAUUGCUAAAUCAUGCCUGGUAUACAGCUUCAUAGUUUAAAUUACAAAAAAAAAUUUUAAAAAAUCAAAUGUUGGGCCACAGAUUAUAUUAGAAUUCUUUUGAGUCCUCAAAAUGUAUGGACUUGGUGUCUUGAUGGCCCACCAGCCCCUUUUCUUAAAUUAUUUCAUCCUCUUAUUGCCUUUACUCUCCAUCUCCAUUUCCUUUCACAGGCAAAUUUUAAAAGACAACUUGUGUUGGGAGAAUAAAGACAAAAGAUAUAUAAAGAUGACUGAUGGGAUGUAAAAGUUAAAUUAAUCACCAGCUGUCCCUUUACCUCCCAAAAUUGCAUAAAAAGCGAUCAACUAAGAAUUGGGGCGAAGGACUAUUCCUCCACAACUCCAAGCUCAUGUUUACACUACUUCAAACACCUAGGUUUCAUAACUAUAGUUCUUUUUCUAUCUUUCAUUGUUACAAAAUUUUAAUGCAAGAUGCUCUGAUUAGUUUGCAAGAACGACUAAUUCAUACCAGGAAAGACAGAAAAUCACUAGCAGAAUUAAACACAACCUUUGCA